AUGGGUAAAGAGUUCAAAUGCAGUGAAGCCAGUAUUAGAAGAAUCGUCAAUAAUGAUUUAAAUUGUUAUCCUUACAAGCUGCAAGAAGGUCACCUGUUGACAGACAAAAUUAAAGCCUCUCGCUUGCAAAGAUGCAAAAAAUUGUUACGUUUGGCCGCAGCUGAACGACAUCGUAAUGUUUUGUUCUCUGAUGAGAAAGUUCUUACUAUUGAGCGAGCUCAUAAUCAUCAAAAUGAACGGAAACUCUUGCCUAAAGGUUCUUUGAGGUCUAAACAAGAAAGAACAGUCAGUAAAUCACAUUUUCCUGCUUCAGUGUUUGUUUGGGGUGGAAUUUGUGCAACAAGAAAGAUUCCAUUGGUAUUUGUCGAAAAAGGAGUGAAAAUCGACCAAAAAUAUUAUCAAGAUAAUAUCUUGAAGGUCGUCGUGAAUCCUUGGACACGUGCACACUUCGGUGAAAACCUAUGGACCUUUCAACAAGACUGGGCACCAGCGCAUGGCGCGAAAGCGACGAUGCAGCUCUACGAAAGGCUGUUUCCUGCUAAUUGA